GAAAAAAGCACCCACAGCUCUCAGAGUCUGAAGAGUGUUUCAUUAAUUCUUUCAAGGCAAAAGCCAUGAGCUUCGUGAUGGGGAGCUCUUGCUUUCUUCAAUCUUUACUUUACCAGUCUCCUACUGCGUCUUCUUCCUAUUGUCCAUCAUCUUCCUCCUUCUCUUCUAACAUAAGAAAUGCAGACAACAACAAGAAUAACAGGAGGAAGAAAGCAGCUGCCGCGGCUUCUAUGCGCCAAGAAAAUUCAAAUGAGGGCAUUAUCUACAAAAGGAGAGCGAUUCUUCUUGUGGGUGUUUCUGCUCUUCCCUUUAUUCAAUCCAGGGCGGGAGCUGUGGAAAGUUUAGUGAACGGAGAGAAAAUUGCAGAAAAGCCAGAAGGGGGAAGUCCUCAAGAACCAGGGAAUCUUCUUAAUGAGAAAUUAGAUGAAAGGGAAGCCCAAUCAAAUCCUUUCUUGGCUUUAUUGAAUGCAGUUGGGAUUAUUGGCUCUGGUAUUCUUGGUGCAUUAUAUGCAUUGGCACAGAAGGAAAAGUCAGAGACUGAAGCAACAAUUGAAUCUAUGAAGAACAAACUGAAUAAAAAGGAAGCUGCCAUGACUUCUUUGGAAAGGAACAUGGAAAGAAUGCUACUGAAAGAACAGGAAGAAAGAAAAAAACAAAUCCGAAAGGCAAAAGAAGAACAGCAGUCUUUGUUUAACCAACUUACUUCUGCAAACACCACAAUAACGAGCUUACGACAAGAGGUACAAAGUGAGAAAAUGUUAAUUGAAAAGCUUAAUGCUCAAAUAGAUGGAUUGCAAAGUGACCUCACAAAGGCUGGGAAUGAUAAAAAUGCGCUUGAAGCCAACCUGAAUGAGAAGCUUCAAACUAUUGAAGUUUUACAAGACAAAAUAAACUUGCUCAGUAUAGAACUCAAGGAUAAGGAAGACAAAAUUCAAAACCUCAGCUCCACACUUGCUGAGAAGAUCUCAGAGUGUAAUAACUUGGAUGUUAUCUCCAAGCAAGCAAAGGCUGAUUUGGCAGAAGCAAACUCAAAAAUCACAGGGUUGAAAGAAGAAGUUCUCAGAACUCAAGAGGAACUAAAUUUGAAGAAUUCUGUAAUAGAAGAUCUGAAUGCCAGAAUAAGUUUAUUAGUUGUUGAAAGAGUUGAUACUAACAAAAGACUUGAUGCACUUCAUGAAGACUAUAAUGACUUGAAGUUAUCUUACGAAAAGAAAGCUGCAUCAGAUGCUGAAUUUUUGGCAAAAAGAGAGCAUGAACUUCAUCAGCUUGAAGAAAAGCUCGGUCUUUCUUUGGAUGAAGCAAACAGAAAUCAGGAAUUAAUUGGUUGUUUGACUCAAGAAAGAGAUGAUUUGAGAAAGAUGCUGGAAAUAGAAGUGAACAAUGUGAAGAACCUGAGACAUGAGCUCCAGACCACACAGGAAACUCUUGGAGCAUUAAAGAUUGAAACUUCUGAUCUCUUGAAGCAAUUACAACAAUCAAAAGAUUUAUGUGGAGAACUUAAGUCUGAGGUCUCCAGACUUCAGGCAGAGCUCACUGAUGUGCACAAGUUGUCAAAAAGUAGCCUGGACGAGGCAAGGUUGAAUUCGGAAUUACUGUCAGGUGAGCUCACAUCAGUCAAGGAAGUUUUGGAAAAAACCAAACAAGAGCUCCAAAGUGUGUCAAAUGAAUUGGCUGCUGCAACAGAAGUUCGCGAGAACUUGAAGAAGGAACUGAUUGGUAUAUAUAAGAAAGCAGAAACUGCAACCCAUGAUUUGAAGGAAGAAAAGAAAAUAGUUGCUUCUUUGAAAAAAGAGCUGGAUGCUUCAGAGAAACAAAUCUUGAAGGAUAAGGAAGAAAGAAAAACUCUCGAGAGAGACUUGGAAAAGGCCACUAAAUCACUUGAUGAGAUGAAUAAAAAUGCAUUGUUGCUUUCAAGAGAACUAGAAAGAGCUAAUUCUAGAAUUUCUGAUCUUGAAGAGGAAAAAGAUAUUAUUUACAAGUCUAUUGCUGAACAAAAAAGUGUAUCAAAAGAAGCUCGGGAAAAUUUGGAAGAUGCUCAUAACCUGAUAUCAAAACUCAGGAAAGAGAAGGAGAAUUUGGAGAAGAGAGCAAAGAAGCUCGAAGAGGAUCUUGCUUCUGCAAAGGGUGAGAUAUUGCGCCUGAGGAACCAGAUCAACUCAUCAAAAAGUACUGCAAAUGAUCAUCCUGAGAAAAAGAGUAUGGAUGAGUCUGAAGCUGUUGUAGCUCUGAAGAAGAGUGGUAGGAGGAGAAGGGGUGGAUCCUAGUUAGGUGCUUCCGGAUGAGAUGGACAUUCCAAUAUUUUUCCUUUUUGUGUCAUAUACAGUAUUGUUUGGGGUCCCAUCUUGAGUUCUCAUCCAUUCUGCUUUUGCAUUUUUUUCUGCAUAUUGUUAACCAUAUAAUACAAAACUGAACCAUGCAAAUAGAAGAAAACAUUGAUGCCUGCAAGAGUUCUUGGUACAAACUUGAUCAAUGUAUGCUUGUGUGUCUAACUGUACUGUAUAUUUUGCCAUUGAGGAAUAUAUUUUAGCAUUUACAGAUUUCUCUGUC